UGUAAAAGUGGGGGGACUAGCAAUCGAUGUAAAAGGUGGUAAAAUGGAACUGACUCUAACCAAAUUAAAUUGGCGACACUCCUACGUUCUCUAAUUCGAGACUCGUUCCGUUUUACCUCUGUAAAGAGUACCCUGUGCAUUUUUUACCAAUAGUAGGUAAACUAGAUUGCAAUCACGUGGUUCUAUUUGGAACCACUUCGUCUAAUGAAAUAUACUAUAGAAUAAUAAUCGCUGUUUCAUCGCGUCAAGCAUAAAUGCGCGACAAGUAGUUUAUUUAAAACUAUUAUGAGUAUGGCUAUGCCUAGCAUUUUCUUAAUCCGAAAGGGUCUUUCGAUAAACGCGUCCAUGACACGGGCGAAGCGUGAUACUUUUUCAAAUCUCGGCGACUACAUAACCUGCAUUGUUUUAUGAUGUGCUUAUCGUAAUAAAAUAUAAAGAUUUUAUAUAUAUAUAUAUUUCUUGAUCUGCUACCGAUUCAAGAAUAAAUACAUUGAGAUAUCUCGAUGACACCACGAAGAUGAUAACAGCAAACGGAGCGAGAUGAUAGGUUAUGUCGUCGAUAUUAUUAUUCGAUGGAAACAUGUCGCAGCCUGAGGAGAACGUAACAAAGAAAUUUAUCGACAGACUGGCUGUCUCUUUAAAAGAAAACAAGUUCAAAGAAGCUUUGGAUUUGUUCGAGGACAGAAGUUACGAUGAUAUCAUUAAAGAGACUUCCUGGGAAAUUGUACAGAUUGCAUCGUCUUAUCUUACUAAGGAAAAUGCGAAACAUAAUGGAAAAGCAAUUGAAUGCUGCACAAUGAUAUUAGAUGCUAUAGCAGAGAAAUGUAAUUCUUGCGAGACUGUAUUAGAAUUUUUGGAACAAGUGGAUAGCUCGGAAGAUGACACAAAGUUUUGUAUAAUCUUAAGGGUACUCGGUAAGAGCCUUUCUAAAAUGAACGAUAAAAGUAAAGCAAUAGAAUGGUGUGUCAGUACGAUAAGCUCUUACGUAGAAAGCUUACCAGUUCCAGAAGUAGAUUCCCAAGACAUUACAAUUAUUAAGAAUAAAAUUAAAAAUGUUUAUGAUACGAUUAUAAGAUUUCUGGAACCACUGGUAGAUGAAGUAGUAUUGGAGAAUGAUAAUUCUCAAAAUAAUACUGUGUUAAGAAAUUAUCUUGCAUGUAUCUUGAUUUUUUUAAUGGGAAAACCACUGUGUUAUCUACCAGAAAAACCCAAGUCAGAUUCAGAGCAGCAUUUACCAGAAAAAAUUAUAACGCUAUUGAGUCGUAUCAAAGGAGAUCUUCUUUGGUUUUUAAAUGUUGUUAAUAAUAGAAGUAAAAGAAGUUGCUCUAAAAAUAAAAAUAUAAAUAAAGAAAGUUGUAAUCUCGAAGUCUUGCUUUUUGAAUUGAACGAGAAUAUAUCAGAUUUGGCAUAUGCCAAUUUUUAUUUUCACACCAUAACAGAAUUGCAGUUGUGGAAGAAAGUACCGCACGUAUACGAUUCUCAAUACAUUUUUCAAUCAUGUAUAUAUCUUAUCAUUAAAUUAGUACAAGAACAACAGAAUGUUACUAUUAGAAAAGGAUUACACCUUAUGGGUCACCUUUUAAGAAAAAUAACAAGAUAUUCUCUGACAUCACAGUUAUUGGAAUUGAACGUUUACUCUGAUGUACUUGAUAGUCUUGUGAAAGUGAUGAUGUAUUGUGAUAGCGACGAAGAACGUAGUAAAGCUCUACACGUUUUUCAAAAAUACAUUGAAAUGUUUAACAUGGAAGGUAGAUAUCUGAUUAUUUUGCAUCUGUACCAGAUUAGUGAACAUUCUGGUUUGCUUAGCGUAACUACUGGAAUGCUCAAAGAGUGUAUUAUCGAAUGCCUUGAAACAACACCUCCAACUACCUAUUUUCUUGGUAACAAUUUAGAAUGUUUGUUGAAAUUUGUCUGCAAGUUACCACACGGCAGCGCAUCGGAUAUGGUAGAAUUAUCCGAUGAAAUAAUUACCAGCUUGAAUCUUUUAAGAUUUCUAUUCCUCAGAGAUGUUAACAAUCAAACAGGAAUUUGGAAUCUAGUAGAUAAACUCGAAAAUGAAUAUUUGAAACCUUUAAGAGAGGGAAUAAGUUUGUGCAGAGCUCAUUGGAAAGUAAAGAUGAAGGAUUUAGAAGAACAAAAGAAAGCUCUCAAAACGAGCGAUAAUAUAAUAGCAGAAAAGAAUGAAGCUGAAGUAAGAUUAACUGUGGGUGGAAAAGAGUUACCGGCGAUGCCGAUUUCACAAAAAAUAACGUUUUGUUAUCACGCGCUAAACGGUCUCGAUGUGAUGGAAAGUAUUUUAAUUAGAGUUAACGAAUGCAUUUCUAAUAAUCUUUUUAAAGAACAUAACGAUAACAUUGUAACUUCGAAAUAACACUUGUGUAUUUAUAAAGUGUAUAUUACUUAUUGUUAAAUAAAAUUAUUCCUCAUGUGCA